CCAAUCAUGUCCUUCUCCUCUCGUGAUGCGGCUUCGAAGAUCUAACUAGAAAGGGAGAAGGAAAAGCUCUCUCAGGCCGCCAAUUCCCGAUGGCGAUUCUUUACGCUUUGGUGGCGAGAGGCACGGUGGUGCUGGCGGAAUUCAGCGCCGUCACCGGCAAUACAGGCGCUGUGGCUCGCCGGAUCCUGGAGAAGCUUCCGGCUGAGGUCGAUUCUAGGCUGUGCUUCUCUCAGGAUCGUUAUAUUUUUCACAUACUGCGAUCCGAUGGCCUAACCUACCUCUGUAUGGCCAACGACACCUUUGGAAGGAGGAUUCCUUUUGCUUACUUGGAAGAUAUUCAAAUGAGGUUUAUGAAGAAUUACAGCAGAGUGGCCCUUUAUGCACCAGCUUAUGCAAUGAAUGAUGAGUUUUCAAGGGUUUUACAUCAGCAAAUGGAAUUUUUCUCAAGUAGUUCUAAUGCAGAUACUCUCAACCGAAUGAGGAGCGAAGUUGGUGAGAUUCGAACUAUCAUGGUGGAAAAUAUUGAGAAAAUAUUGGAGAGAGGUGACCGGAUUGAGCUUCUUGUGGAUAAGACGGCAACAAUGCAAGACAGUUCGUUUCACUUUAGGAAACAGUCUAAGCGCCUCCGAAGAGCUCUUUGGAUGAAAAAUGCCAAGCUCUUGGCAUUGUUGACAUUCUUGAUUGUUCUGUUUCUUUACUUCAUCAUUGCUGCUGCUUGUGGAGGCAUCACCUUACCGUCCUGCAGAUCUUGAUUAGACACUCUUGCUGUUUAAUGUUUCUGAGGCUUGCAACUAUCAAAGGUUUUUCAUGCCAAUAUAUAUUGGAGAAAGAUUCAAGCUACCUGGUUCAAUUUAUGAGUUGAGCGAGUCAAAGUGACAUCCAUCUGCAAGGAUCCAGAAAAAGUUAUAACUUAUAUAUAUAUAUAUAUAUAUAUAUAUAUUGCUUUCGUCAUUUUUGGCACAGUAUCACAAAUGCAUGCCGAAGUCUGAUUAGUUACUCGUCUGUGAUCAAGGGGCAUCCCGCUGUAAAUGUCUGGACUCUGGAUUCUUUACAUUUUGCUUUACCAUGUAUGCUAAAAUAAUUUUUCUUCGUUAAUUUCAUGGAGUGUGAUUGGAUAGGCUAUGGCCA